CGAGCCGCAAUGUCAAGCGUCGAAUUAUCGUGUCAUUGAACUUUCUCGCUUAAUUCACAGCUCAGGAGAGCUAUAGGACAGUGUAUGAUUUCAUAGUUGUUGGUGGUGGUACUGCCGGUUCGGUCAUCGCUAGCCGGCUUGCCGAAUUACAACAGUGGCACAUUUUGCUGAUUGAAGCAGGCGGUGGCCCAAGCGAUAAGGAUCUAAGCUGGAAUCUUCAGGCCCAGCGGCAGAUGGGCUCUUGUCUGGGUGCUCCAGAGCAGCGGUGCGAAAUACCGACCGGCAGGGGAUUGGGUGGCAAUACCCUUACCAAUAAUAUGCUUUACGUCAGAGGAAGUGAAGCAGAUUAUGAUGCGUGGGCAAAACAGACAAAUGUGGACUGGUCGUAUCGGAGUGUGCUUCCGUAUUUCUUAAAACUUGAAAAUUUUCGCAAAAAUGCUUCUUGGACCUCACGGCAGCAACGAGGAAAAGGUGGACCUGUUCCGAUAGCGGGACUACGCGAAAAAUCACCUUUGCUACGUUCCUUCAUUUCUGCCUGCAACCGACUCGGGCUACGUACGGCCGAUUACAACACGGAAAGGAACCAAACCGUUGGGUUCGUUCAACUAACACAAUACCGCACCAAGCGCAUCACUGCAUCUGACGCAUACAUUCGGCCCGUGAAACAGUUGUUCAACAAUCUUCACGUCAUGUCAUCGGCACGGGUCACAAAGGUGCUGAUAAACGGUAUGAACCGGCAAGCGGUAGGAGUCAAAGUGCUUGUUAAUGGCAAGCAACGAAAACUACGUGCUACCAAAGAGGUCAUCCUUUCGGCGGGACCUAUAUUUACACCACAUCUGUUGCUGUUGUCCGGAAUUGGCCCCCGAGCGCAGCUGGACGCAUUGCAAAUCCCAGUACUUGCAGAUCGUCCCGUAGGAGCGACAAUGAACCUUCAAUUAGUAUCAUUUCCGCUGCAUCUCGCAACCAAUCGAACAGUGCCAUAUGCAGCGCAGAAAAUGAUAGAAGCAAUAGCAUUUUUAAGUACGACCAAACAGAACAAUACUGAUCCUACACACGAGAUUCUGUUCCAGUACGAACCACGCGGUACACUGGAAUAUUUUUCACUCGGGCUAAUUCACCUGCGACCAGCGUCGAGAGGAUUCGUGCAGUUAAACGCCACAAACCCUUCACGUAAUCCCGUGGUUUACACCAAUUUUUUCAGCGCCCCAAACGAUAUGGAGGAAAUUUUGAGCGGCAUUACCGAAUGUCUUAAGAUUAUUCACAGCGAAGAGUUUACCAAGCUUGGCCUACAGUCCAGAAAGCUGAUCGUCCCCCCUUGUGAUAAGCUUCGGUACGGCACGGACGAAUAUUGGCGCUGCGUCGUACGUCACGUAGGCCAUGCAGCCGAUCAACCGUACGGAACCUGCCCUAUGGGAAGGCAAGAUAAUAGACAAGCAGUGGUAUCACCGGAGCUAAGAGUACACGGCAUUGGGAAUCUACGAAUAGCCGAUGCAAGUGUUAUGCUUCCUGUUUCCAAUGGCCAUACCCAGGCGACGGUGUAUAUGAUAGCUGAAAAAGCGUCAGAUUUGAUCAAAAGCUCUUGGGACUGGGGCAAUGAACUAGAACGGCGCCGCUAGCUGUAUAGUAUGACGAUUCAAAUGCAACGACUUUCGAAGGGUCGAUUACUCCUAAAUGUAUGCAAUCUGCGUUUCAUCCUGAUCGGGCACUGGUAUAGGACUGGUAUAAAUUGAACCUAAGAUAAAGUAGAAAUAGCUUUAACAUCAUAUUGAGAGACGAAUCCUGACGCAAGACUCAACGGAUCUAUAAACAAAACAACUAACCAACCUUUAA